UCGGGUGUCAGGCCGCUCACACACGCUCCAGAUGCCGGUUGACACGAAGCGGCUCCGGGGGCCCGAGGAGUCCCAGUCUCCGCUGCUGUUCGCGCGGCCCGAGGCGGGCAGUGGGCGGGGCGCGGGGGCCUGGCAGCCGCUGCCGCGGGGAGACGGGCGCUCGGCCGCCGAGCCCAGGCCGGUGUUCGCGCGGGCCGGGCUGCUCAGCCAGGCUGACGGCUCCGUGUACGCCGAGUGCGGCCGCAGUAAACUGCUGUGCGCUGUGUAUGGGCCGCGGGAGAGCGAACGCAAAGAGGAGCGCAGUAUGAGCCGCGCCAACCUGCUGUGUGAACUCAGGUUUGCUCCGUUCUCCUGCAAGAAGCGGUCGGCCUGGAUUCAGGGCAGCCUGGAGAAGGAAUACUCAUCCAUCCUGGAGCAGAGCCUGCGGCCUGCGGUCUGCCUGCACAAGUACCCCCGGUCCCAGAUCGAAGUCUACGUCAUGGUUCUGGAGAAUGAUGGCUCCACUCUGGGCGCUGCUCUGACCUGCGCCUCCAUGGCCCUGGCGGAGGCCGGCAUUGAGAUGUUUGAUGUGGUGGUUGGCUGCUCCCUGCGGCAGGCGGGGGACGUUUCCCUCCUGGAUCCCACAGCCCUUGAGGAGUACAAUGCGGCCGACUGUAAGGGCAUCAACAAUGGCAGCCUGACUGUGGCGUUGCUUCCCACCCUUAACCAGAUCUCCGGGCUGGUGUCGUCAGGCGAGUGGAAGGAGCAGAUCUCUGUGGAGGCGAUCAAAGCUUGUAUCGAGGGCUGCCAGAAGCUUUACUCUGUGGUGCAGCAGUGUCUGACCCGAUCAGUUAAGAAGCGGAUCCCAGCUCCCGUCACCAAGAGUUAGGGGAAUACAUUGUCGGUCAGUCUGCAGCCGCCCUCCAGACUGACUCUCAAUGAUGCAGUUUCAAACCACCACAUUUGUUUGAAAUCGCCUUUGAUGUGCCUUUGACAGAAUUCAAGUCCUUGUUGAAGUAUUUGGCUUUAGCUUAACCACAUCUGCUUCUGUAUUGUGCUUUGGUGACUGUGUAUCUUGUGUAUGGUCUGUGUAACUCAACUGCGUAAAUUGCAGUUCCACUGGUGUGUCACAGAUAGAGACCCCGGACACGAUGUGAACCUCAUCCAAUCAGUGGACCUGACGGAGUCACUCACUCACUCACUCACUGUCAGGGGUCCGUCCUGUGACAUCCACGCACAGCCUUAGGCACCUCGGUUCUGAUCCAGCCCAGACGGUGAGGUCACCUUUGUUGACCAGCUGUAAAUACAUAAAGGGGAUUUGAGGCUGUUAUAGUCCAUGUCCCAGUAAAGUUUGACCCACAGAGUGUUAAUGUGACCCCAGGCCCACAAAGCUGGGUGGUGAAGGUGAUGUGUGAAUGCCCACAGGGCAGGAGGCGGUAAGAUAAAUCACUUUACUGGGCAGUGAAGAGGCAGCUAGGCUCUGUCUGUGUCAGCUGGAUACUGGCACCGUGUUCACAGCACUGACUUGGCCACCAAAUUCCCCCACCACCCCUCCAUACUGAGUAAGUACACACAAGCAAAGUGGCCUCCCACCCCCAUCCAGAGGCCAGGAUCAACCACAUUGUUAUUUGGGAUACCAUUGUUGAAACAUGCUGGAGAAUCUUUUUGCUCUCUUCAAAACAUCCUGGACUGAGGCGGUGGGGGCGAGGGGGAGGCUGUAGGUGGGUGUCGAUGUGUCUGAGGUUCAGAUCAGAGCUGCUGUGAGUAGAAGCUGUUCAGGAUAGGUGCACUCCAUUCAACACUGACUGAAAUAACCAUGUAUAUUUACAACACCUGAUGAGUUUUAUUUAGAGACUCUUAAGCAUAGUGAUGGCUUCCAUGUGUGUCAGACACCUGGGUGACCAAACACACGUUCAGCUGAUCUGCGCCAGUGAAUUGGUGCAGCCAAAGCUGUUGUCAAUCCUAAAAUGCAUUCCAACCUCAUCCGCUCCCAAUUUCACCUCCACUCUGAAUUCACAAACAUUUUCUACUCUAAAAUGUAUUUUUAUAUUUUCUGGAAUCAGUUUAAGAACUAAAAUAAAUGUGUGAGAGCUGCAGUUAAUCUGUACAUGUCUGCUCAGUGCCCUGCGGUCAGACCCUGUACAAUGCAUUCCACUGUGUAACUGAGCAGAGGUCUUACUCGCUCAGAGAUAGAAACAGUUGUUGAUUAAUUAAAGGUAGAAACGUUUGCA